AUGGGGUUCACUAACCAUUGUCAGUGCAUUUCUUUAGCUUUGAUCCUCAUUUUGGGAGCUUUGGCUUCUCAAGCUGCUGCACGCACCCUCCAAGAUGUAGCAAUGGAUGAGAAGUAUGAGCAAUGGAUGGCUCAUUAUGGACGUGUAUAUGAGAAUAAUUAUGAGAAAGAGAAGCGUUUCAAAAUAUUCAAAGAGAAUGCUGCAUACAUAGAAUCAUUUAAUGGUGCAGGAACCAAACCAUACAAGUUAGGAAUCAACCAAUUUGCAGAUCUUACAAAUAAAGAGUUCACAGCGACGCGAAAUAGAUUCAUGGGGCAUGAAUGCUCGACAAAGAUUUCUUCCUUCAAAUAUGAAAAUGUAACUGUGUUGCCUUCUGCAAUGGACUGGAGAAAGAAAGGAGCUGUAACACCCAUCAAAGACCAAGGCCAAUGUGGAUGUUGCUGGGCAUUUUCAGCAGUAGCAGCCAUGGAGGGAAUUACUAAGCUAUCAACUGGUCAAUUAAUCUCUUUGUCUGAGCAAGAGUUGGUUGACUGUGACAUUAAAGGAAUUGACCAAGGUUGUGGUGGUGGCUUGAUGGACAAUGCAUUCCAGUUCAUCCAACAUAAUCAAGGCCUCACUACAGAAGCCAACUAUCCUUACAAGGGUGUUGAUGGAACCUGCAAUACAAAGGGAGAAGCCAACCAUGCAGCCAAGAUAAAUGGUUAUGAAGAUGUGCCGGCCAAUAGCGAAAAGGCACUUCUUAAGGCUGUAGCUCAUCAACCAAUUUCUGUUGCCAUAGAUGCUGGAGGCUCCGAUUUUCAAUUUUAUUCAAGUGGUAUUUUUACAGGAGAAUGUGGCACUAGCCUAGACCAUGGUGUUACCGCCGUUGGUUAUGGGAUCACUAAUGACGGGACCAAGUAUUGGUUGGUGAAGAACUCAUGGGGUACUGAAUGGGGUGAAGAAGGGUACAUAAGGAUGCAAAGAGAUAUUGAUGCAGAGGAAGGCCUAUGUGGUAUAGCAAUGCAAGCCUCUUAUCCAACUGCAUAA